AGGAAAGCCGUAAUUCCUAAGGUCGUGUUUGGGAAAGGCUUCGAGUUGGGUAAAAUCGUAGAGAGAGAUGUCAGGGGCACAAGGAGCGCUGCCGCCGGAGUCGAAGACGGCGACGACGUACGAGUCAGUGGAAGGAGGCGAGAACAAGACGAAGGUCGAUAUACGUUCCAGGGAGGACGAGGGCGGCAUCCAGAUCGACAAGCUUCAGGACAAAGUUCCCGACGCCGCCGGCGAGGGUGGCCCGGUUUUCGGCGCCGGUAAAGAUGAAGAUGACAAGCAAGAUCUUGGCGUCACCGGUACUGCCUGAUCAAAAGAUAUGUGAACGUUAUCAUGAAUCAAUCCAUAGAGAGAGGAAGAGAUUACAGGCGUGAUUUGAGCAGUCUGGUUCAUCUAAUUAAUUGCAUUGUAAUCUCAAUAUGAAAAUCAAUCCACUAUAUAUGCUGUGAUACUAUGUUUUAGAGAUAUAAUUAGGUAUUAUAUAUGUUGUAACUUAUAAUAUGAUAUUUUACCAGAAA